AUGGGAUCCCUAGUGGCUGUCAAGCUCGCUUUGAACCAUCCCACGCUUGUAUCUAAGCUUAUCCUCAUGGGACCUCCCCCCCAGCCCGCUUCCAGAGGAUCUUACUCCCGGGCUGCUCUGGUUCGGAAACAUGGGAUGUUGUCCGUUGUGGAUACCAUCGUGCAAGCCGGAACAUCGGCUCACGUCCAGCUCAACAAGCCGUUGAGUAUUGCGGCGGUGCGCACCUCGCUUCUCAGUCAAGAUGCUGAAGGGUAUGCCAAAGCUUGUGCGGCCCUUGCUGGUUCCGCAGCCGAUGCCAUGGAUGUCAGAUCUCUCCAAAUGCCUGUUUCUUUUGUCACCGGUGCGGAAGAUAAGGUCAGCCUGCCAGCGCUAUGUCAUCAAUACCCCGAGGAAACCGGAGGGGGUCAUGUCGAGGUGCUAAAUGAUGUGGGACACUGGCAUCUGUUUGAGGAUGUGGAGGGAGCCGUGAAGGCGGUUUUGGCGCAGAUACAACAAUUUAUUUGUUAA